GCGCGGCAGGAGGCGGGACUUCUGCGCGGUACAGUGGCAGAAUUGGCCAACCGCCAGCGUGCAUCACUGCGAGGGCCGCGGAGUCUGCAGCUGCAACAAUGUCCAUGUUGUGUCUGCGUGCACACGCACAGCGUUUACCAACUCCGUAGCUGCACGCCGAGGGGCACAAGGAGCUUCCAGCAGACACUGCAAUUGUGAGCCGCAAGAUCGGGCGAAGACGCGCUGAUGUGACAGCCGACAGACUGCGAGGAAUGGCAGGAGAAACCGCGGGGGUCUGACUAGGCUUGGCGGUGUGUUGGGGGGUUUCACAGUGUGGGAAUAAUGUCGGACAGUAACAGAGAGCUGGUCGAGUUCUUCAUCGGCUAUAAGCUGUCCCAGAGGAACUACCCGACCUCUCUACUGAGGCCGGAGGAUGCUGGUGGAAGGACUGAGGGAGACAAGGCCAACUCAGCUGCCAGCAAUGGCUUGUUGGUCGACGGCGGCAACAGGUGCGGUCAGCUGGGGACUGACCCGUUGCCCCCGGACGGUGGCGUGGGGGCUGUGAAGGAGGCGCUCAGGGACUCCGCUCAUGAGUUUGAACAGCUCUUCAACCAAGCGUUCAGUGACCUCUCCCUGCAGCUCGACAUCACCCCUGACACGGCCUACCAAAGCUUUAAGAGUGUGAUGGACGAGGUGUUCAAGGACGGAGUCAACUGGGGACGUAUAGUGGGCCUGUUCGCUUUUGGCGGCGUGCUGUGUGUGGAAUGCGUCGAGAAGAAUAGGGGCGAGCUGGUCGCCCGUAUCGCUGACUGGAUGACCAUGUACCUGGAUGAGCACAUCAGCCCCUGGAUCCAGAGCCAAGGAGGCUGGGGCUGCUUUGCGGAGAUUUUUGGGCAAGGCGCCGGCGCAGAAGCAAGGAGAUAUCGGGAGAGCGUGAGGCGAUGGCUGCUAGUUGGAGUGGGGAUGCUGACAGGAGUGCUGAUUGCUAUGUUCAUCGCUAAGAAACAGUGACGCUGCUGCGUCCUGUUCACCACGGCACGCCCUGUGUAAUGCUACGCCAACGGAAAUACAACUAAAUACUUAAUGUUUACAAAAAGGCCCAGUCUGCUAGUGCACUGACAGAAUGUGGAGUGUCCAUAACAUGUAGCUUGGUGAGCUGUCACGCUUCUCACCCGCUUUGUCCUGUGUCUUUAAUUUCUUUUUUUAACACAGAGCAGAAAUUUUUCACCUGUUACAGGCUGAUAACUCGCCAGACUGGAAGUGAUUUAAAUGAACCCGAUAAGCUAAGGAACGGUGGAAAAACAAGGAUGUGGUUUGAUGAAACGGAUUAUUUUACUUUUUUGAAACUGACAGAACGUGUAAGUUAUAUUUCAGUUACUUUUCACUGUGUAAUGCUCAGCUCCUUUUGUUGGCUGUACUGGAGUUUCAGGCAUGCUUCGGAAAAAAAUAAAUAUAUUUAUGUUUUU